AUAUUGAGAUAUUACUACAAUCCCAAUUGCUGAAUCAUGUUGGAAGCCUUUAUUAAUCUAAUAAAAUCGAUUGUUAUAAAAUUUAGUUUGAGAAAUGAACUCGUGACUACUCAUAUUAUAAUGAUUUUCUGGUGUUUACAGAAUAUUGUAAACUUGUAGUUUUUUGUAUUGUUAUGGAUAAACCUGGUUCAAAGCGACCCAGUGAUACAGAAGCAACAAGUGUUGUGGCCAAGAUAGCAAGACCAUUCGGAAAAGACGGUCAAUCUAAGAGACUUAUUGUGGUUUUAGAAAAAGCAUCACUAGAGACUGUAAAAAAUGGAAAAACAUUUGAACUACUGAAUUGUGACAAGCAUAAAGGUUUGCUGAAGAAACACAACAGGGAUUUAGGUUCCUGCCGACCAGAUAUCACUCAUCAGUGCCUCAUGAUGCUCAUGGAUAGCCCAUUGAAUAGGGCUGGAUUGCUUCAAGUAUAUAUUCACACAACAAACAAUAUUUUAAUAGAAGUGCAUCCGCAGACCAGAAUCCCACGAACUUUUGACAGAUUCUGUGGACUUAUGGUGCAGUUACUUCAUAAACUAAGCGUGAGAGCUGCUGAUGCCAAUCUGAAACUCAUGAAAGUAAUCAAAAACCCUGUAACAGACUACUUUCCUCCUGGUUGCAAGAGGAUGUGCAUGUCUUUUGGAGCCACAGAUGUUGUACAUCCAAAAACACUUGCACCACCAAAUGAGGCAGUCGCAUGUGUGAUUGGAGCAAUGGCUCAUGGGUCUGUAGAUGUUGACUACACUGAAAAAUCUUACUCAAUCAGCAAUUAUCCUCUUUCUGCGGCCCUAACUUGCACCAAAUUAUGCAGUGGGUUCGAAGAAAAGUGGGGGAUCAUUUGACAUGCAACAAUCAUAUAAUAAAAUAAAUAACAAGCUUCUGGUAUGUUUAUUGAUAAACCAUUAAAAAACAGAUCUGUUAUUAGGUUGAAAUAAAACGGUGUU